AUGACAUCAGCACCUUCGAAAUAUGGGUUCUCUACCAGAAACAUGGUUAUGGCUUUGAUUGUUAUAUUAAUUGCUGCAAUUUACUGGCCGCCACAACCGCCUAGAAAUCUUGUUGCUGAAUUUGCAGCUAUUACCAAUGAAGCAUUUGAACAAAUUAACACUUUUGAUCUACCGGCGACAUAUGUAAUCAUGGACCACACAGUGACAUGCAGAAGAACCGCAAAUAUAGUUGAAAGAAGUUUCGUUUUCGAAAAUAAUGGUGCACAAAUCGUUACCGGUCUGCGAGAUUUUGGUGAGAAAAUUAUGAAGGCUGGUAACACUUUACAGGCCAUGUACCGUAAAGUGUCCUACAUUUUCGAAACUUUUCAAACCGAAUUUCAAAUGAUAUUGGACGAUAAAUCUAAAUUUUCUGACAUCGGCAUUGAAAGAUUAAUUAGAUUAAUCACAGAGUUUCGUGAGCAAGUAGUACAAAUAAAGGUAUCGAUACAGGAUGCGGAAAAUUUACAUAAAAAUAUCGAACAAUAUUUACUCAAUGGACAAAAAGAAGCAGCAAAACUCAUUAAUGCCGACGAUGAUGUUGGUGCAAUGGCAGUCAAAGAUGAACUGGAUUCGAUUAAGGCUAUCUUUGUUUGUCUUCAAAAGGCUGGCACUAAUUUAGACAUGACUAUCAAAGUUUUGAGAGAUUAUCUAAGUAAGGCAUCAAAAAUUAAUGCAAAAAUGGGUAACAACAUCUAUCUAGUUACGGAAGAGGAUUUGGUUUAUUUGGCGAAAUCGCUGAAAGAUUUGCAAAUUCAUCACAGAAAUUUUAUGCGCAAAGAUAGUAGUAUAAACGAGGUUUAG